UGGGGUUUGGCUCGGCUUGUCAGUUUCACCUCCUGGCCCGACACCCCCGCGCAGCCAAAGGCAGGGGGAGGGGGCGGCUUCCACCUGCGGCCCUCAGCACCCAGCGGGGCGCCCCAGGCCUGCAAGGGGGAGGGGGGGCAGGAUCAGCCGGCGCAAGGUGGGGGGAGCCCUGGGUGGAACCUCUCCCCUGGGAGCCGCGAGUCUGCUGCGCACCAGGGACCUGCUCUAGUCUCCUCCUCCUCCGCUGCAGAGCCCAGCUGCUAACCUGCUGCUCCGGCCGGGGCUGGAGCCGGAGGAGAGGGGACCCGCUGCUGCCGCAGCUUUCCGUGGGCAAUCAAGCCCUUCCCCGGCGCUGGGCUGGUUUUAUUGGUUUGGAUUCGGUCACGGCCAUCGUCACCUCCCGGGGAGGCAGCUUGCGUGGCUUGCGGGCGCCCAUAGAGGAGGAAGCAGCCCGCCCCACCUGCCGCGGUAAUAACACUCACCUGUUCUCCAUUGGCGGCACACCUGGGCAGAAGGGGCCGGUUUCGAGGCAGCGGGGAGCCGCGCAACUUGGCAUUAAACGUUUAGACGCCAGGGAGAAAAGGCUAAAGCCUCCCCCCAGAGAAGAGACUCCAUCUCUACACACUUCUCCAGCGCAGCUCAGCGAUAGUUCGAGGGGUUUCCUCCAGCCUGGGCUGAAAUAUUUAUUUUCUUUUGCUUUUUUUGGUUUGUAUGGGAACUCUCUAGUGACUCCUCCCCACCAGGAAUCCUUAGGAGACCGCUUCUGCUUCUCACUAUAGAGAACUGAAUUUUGAAAUCUGCUUUUCCUGCCUGUUCUGAAACCAUCUCCUCUCCCCCCCCUUUAAAAACAAAACCAUUCUGGUUUCAGAAUCUCUUAAUUGGGGCAAAACCAGUAUUUCCAUUUUUUUGAAGUGAGGGGGAGACAGACACCGUUAAAGGCCCACGGAGCCUAUUGUUGUUAAGGAAACUUAAAAUUAGAAUUUGUCAGUGUCCCUUCCACGACCAUGUCCACCCGGGAAAGCGUACAGAUCCCAGACGAUCGGGAUUUUAAUAAUUUCCGGACAGAAUGCAACUCGGACGCAGGCUGGAGUCAAACUUAUAACAAAUCGGGAAUUGUUGUGUGGAUUCAGAUCUUGGAGGUGGAGAGAUCCCUGCAUAAAAUCAAGUGCAGGAUGGAGUGCAAGGACAUCGCCGCGGAGACGCUCUACGACGUGCUGCACGACAUUGAGUACCGGAAAAAGUGGGACACGAACGUCAUUGAGACCUUCGACAUUGGGAAGCUGACCGUCAACUCGGACGUGGGCUACUACGCCUGGAAGUGCCCCAAGCCCCUGAAGAACAGAGAUGUCAUCACCCUGCGCUCCUGGCUGCCCAUGGGGGCCGAUUACAUCAUCAUGAACUACUCGGUCAAACACCCCAAAUACCCUCCAAGGAAAGACAUGGUGAGAGCGGUGUCCAUCCAGACGGGCUACUUGAUCCAGGGGAGAGGAGUCAAGAGCUGCUCCAUCACCUACCUGGCCCAGGUUGACCCCAAAGGUUCUUUGCCUAAGUGGGUGGUGAACAAAUCGUCUCAGUUUCUGGCUCCAAAGGCCAUGAAGAAGAUGUACAAAGCCUGCCUGAAGUAUCCCGACUGGAAGCAGAAGCACAACCCUCACUUCAAGCCCUGGCUGUUCCCCGAGCAGAGCACCCUCCCCACCGUGGCGCUCUCGGAGCUCUCCAUCCAGCACGCCGACUCGCUGGAGAACAUCGACGAGAGCAGCCUGUCCGAGACCAAAGACGACAGGGGCGAGGGCAGCGACGAGGACAGCGUCAACUGAGCCGCCCUCGCUUCCCCCCCCCCCCCCCCCAGCCCCUCACCCCUCCACACUCGCCCAACCGGGUUUAUUUUGUCUGUGUAUCCAGUGCAGGUCGUGUAACACGCUCCCCCGCCCCAU